GGGGAAUUUGAAACACCUCUGAUGUGUUAUGUAAGCACUUUGAUCACCGAGACAACCAAGCUACUAACGAGAUUACAAAGGUGAGUUAUCGCGAUGUCGGCGCCGUCCAAACGUUACCUGCCUUUGACUCCCAACAAGUUUGCUGAAUGAACAUAAAGAGUCCGCAGGAUAGGGGAACACUGCUUUUCACACCCUGAAGGUCAGCAUGGGUAUCAGAACCAAAGUGAGCUGCACGGUUUCCUAUGUCUUCCUUGACAUUGUCAUCACCACAGUCCUAUACGCACGUGGAUCACAGUUGAGCAUAUUUUGGAAGGAUGCCCAGAACUUUAGAAUUCUGAAGUCCGCGAUAGACAUUUGGGGGACUGUGCUGCUUCGAGCUUCUCUUCUUCUGGGCGCCUCCAUUGGACUGUUAUGGAACAAAGAGGACGGCCCACACAGGGUGUCCAGACUCACCACUCUCAUCCUCUUAGUCUGCCAGACCAUUAUAACGUACACCGUGGCCAAGCUGCUGAUGCUGAGCGAACUUGAGCCUCUUUCUCAUCAACCCUGGUCUUUGGGUCUGAUGUCCUGGACCUGUGUCUCCUCCCUGGGACUUUUGGCUCUGUGGUGGUUCCUCGGAAUGGAAUCGAACUCGGAGAAAAGUAGCCGUAUCAACAAAUCGGAACGUUGUGAGGACACCGAAGAGCUACUUCAGGCAGCUGGUGAGGAGGAAGAGAAGCAUGAGAGGAAGGAGAGUUGUGCAGUGGAGACAUAUACGGAGAAGAGGAGCACAGGAGCUACGCUGGGACGUCUGCUCAGCUACACGAAACAAGAUGGUGCAUUGUUAACUGUAGCCAGCUUCUUCCUUGUCAUCUCUGCUGUAUGUGAAGCCUUCAUACCUUACUACUAUGGGAAGGCCAUUGAUAGCAUCGUGGUUCACCACAGCAUGGAAUACUUUGCUCGACCUGCCAUCACACUGACAGUCCUGGCUUUUGCCAGUUCAAUUGCAGUUGGAGUGCGUGGAGGAGUGUUCACGCUGACAUUUGCACGAUUAAACCUUCGGCUCAGGGACCACCUGUUUCGAACGUUAAUGAGGCAGGAACUUGCCUUUUUUGAUGAGAACCAUACAGGUGACAUCACUUCACGCCUGUCAGCUGACACCACCCAAGUGAGUGACCUCAUCUCCCAGAACGUCAAUGUGUUCUUGAGGAGCAGCAUCAAGACCGUUGGCUUUCUCAUUUUUAUGUUUGGGAUGUCCUGGAAGCUAACAUUGGUCAACUUGAUGGGACUUCCUUUUGUUGCCCUCUUUUCCGAGUAUUACGGAAACUACUACAAGAAACUGACUAAAGAGGUGCAAACAAACCUUGCAAAGGCUAACAAAGUUGCAGAAGAAACCAUUUCAGCCAUAAAGACAGUACGGAGCUUUGCCAAUGAGUGUGAGGAGGCUGACUCCUACUACGCCAAGCUCAAAGUCAUGUACCAGAUCAACAAAAAACAAGCCAUGGCCUAUGCUUGCUACAUGUGGUCCACAUGUAUCUCAGAGCUCGCUCUAGAGGUUACCAUCCUCACCUACGGUGGCCACCUGGUGGUUUCUGGCCAGAUGGGAAGUAGCGAGUUGUUAUCCUUUUUCAUAUACAUGCUUGAAAUGGGAGAAUGUUUGUCGAGCAUUGCAUCAGUUUACUCGGGCCUCAUGCAGGGAGUUGGAGCUGCUGAGAAGGUUUUUGAGUACUUGGACAGGAAACCCAAGCACCCGGCAGAGGGUGCAGAGACUUUAAACUCAUGCAGUGGUUUGGUGGAAUUUCAAGACAUUACAUUUGCCUAUCCUACACGGCCAGAGAUUGAUAUCCUAAAGGGAGUGUCAUUCACCCUAAGGCCGGGGAAGGUGACCGCGCUGGUGGGACCAUCAGGAAGUGGGAAGAGCUCUUGUGUGAACCUACUGGAAAACUUCUACCUUCCGCAGCAAGGUCAAGUGUUGUUGGAUGGAAAACCUGUGCACACCUUGAAGCAUGAAGACCUUCAUUCUCUGGUGGCUCUUGUGGGCCAAGAGCCGGUUCUUUUUGAUCGGUCAGUUGAGGAGAACAUCACUUACGGUCUGACUGACGUCUCCACAGAGGACUUUACCCAGGCAGUCAGAAAGUCCAACGUUCAUGAUUUCAUCACUGACCUGCCCCAAGGCUAUCAGACAAAUGUUGGGGAGAAGGGCGCGCAGUUGUCGGGUGGACAGAAACAACGGGUGGCCAUUGCGAGAGCUCUUGUCCGACAUCCUCGUGUUCUUAUCCUGGAUGAGGCGACCAGCGCGUUGGAUGCAGAAAGUGAACACAUUGUUCAGCAAGCUCUGAACAGCAUCAUGAAGGACCACACCGUGCUAGUGAUUGCACACCGGCUGAGCAGCGUGGAGAAGGCCGACCGGAUCAUCGUGAUCGAUAAAGGCCGUGUGGCUGAGCAGGGUUCCCACAGUCAGCUGAUGGCCAAUGGUGGACUGUACUACAAACUGAUCCAGCGACAGGUGCUGGGCACGGAGACGGUGGAGGAUGCACCCAGCCUCUCCAGGAAGGCCUCCUGGAAGCCUGAUGAAAGACACGGCAGCAGUGGCACUGAGCAAGAAGACUACAAUACUCGCUAUUGAACAGAAAUGUGACCGCACUGUGGGACACUUGGUGACUAAGAUCUAUCUAUUGACAUUUUUGGAGAGGUCUUUAAACUUUUUUAAACAAAAAUUUCUCAUCGACAAAAUCAAGAUAUUGAACAUUAAUUAUUAUACACUGAAAUGAACCUUAAUGUUAGAAUUAAAACACAUUGACUACAUGUGGUGCAUGACCACUUAACAUUCCCCUCCUUGUUCUCGUAAUUACUUAGUAGUUUUACUAAUUUUGCACGUUUUCAAUCUUCUUAUCAGAGACGUCAUCUGUCUUGUUGUACUUAUCUGCGAGGACACAUCAUCAGUAGGGUCAAACUGACCCAGUUUACACACACUAUCGCUAAUUCCAUCAUUUGCCAAACUGAUUAAGAUGCAUUUUAAUUGACCGUUUUUAUAUUAUUCAGUUUUUAACAAAUUAAGAUGUAAUCCGUGACAAUUUUUCACUAUGGUAUUUCUUGAGUGGAAAUUACGGAAAUACUCGUUUCCUCUUUAUUUCUGUAAGCAUUUUCGGUAACACUUGAGUAUGGGGAACAUAUUCCAAGUAACAGACUUAAUUUAGAGUUAUUUGGACACAAGGGGAACAUAUUCCAAGUAACAAAGACUUAAUUUAGAGUUAUUUGGACACAAGGGGAACAUAUUCCAAGUAACAAAGACUUAAUUUAGAGUUAUUUGGACACGAGGGGAACAUAUUCUAAGUAAAGACUUAAUUUAGAGUCAUUUGGACACUCUGGGAACAUAUUCCAAGUAAAAAAGACUUAAUUUAGAGUUAUUUGGACACUAGGGAAACAUAUUCCAUGUAACAAAAACUUAAUUUAGAGUUAUUUGGACACUAUGGGAACAUAUUCUAAGUAACAAAGACUUAAUUUAGAGUUAUUUGGACAGUAGGGGAACAUAGUCUAAGUAACAAAGACUUAAUUUAGAGUUAUUUGGACAGUAGGGGAACAUAGUCUAAGUAACAAAGACUUAAUUUAGAGUUAUUUGGAUACUAGGGGGAACAUAUUCCAAGUAACAAAGACUUAAUUUAGAGUUAUUUGGACAGUAGGGGAACAUUUUCCAAGUAAAGACUUAAUUUAGAGUUAUUUGGACACUAAGGGAACAUAUUCCAAGUAACUAAGACUUAAUUUAGAGUUAUUUGGACACUAUGGGAACAUAUUCCAGGUAACAAAGACUUAAUUUAGAGUUAUUUGGACACUAGGGGAACAUAUUCCAAGUAACAAAGACUUAAUUUACAGUUAUUUGGACACUAGGGGAACAUAUUCCAAGUAACAAAGACUUAAUUUACAGUUAUUUGGACACUAGGGGAACAUAUUCCAAGUAACAAAGACUUAAUUUACAGUUAUUUGGACACGAGGGGAACAUAUUCUAAGUAAAGACUUAAUUUAGAGUUAUUUGGACACUCUGGGAACAUAUUCCAAGUAAAAAAGACUUAAUUUUGAGUUAUUUGGACACUAGGGAAACAUAUUCUAAGUAAAUACUUAAUUUAGAGUUAUUUGGACACAAGGGGAACAUAUUCCAAGUAAAAAAGACUUAAUUUAAAGUUAUUUGGACACUAGGGAAACAUAUUCCAAGUAACAAAAACUUAAUUUAGAGUUAUUUGGAUACUAUGGGAACAUAUUCUAAGUAACAAAGACUUAAUUUAGAGUUAUUUGGACAGUAGGGGAACAUAGUCUAAGUAACAAAGACUUAAUUUAGAGUUAUUUGGACAGUAGGGGAACAUAGUCUAAGUAACAAAGACUUAAUUUAGAGUUAUUUGGACAGUAGGGGAACAUAGUCUAAGUAACAAAGACUUAAUUUAGAGUUAUUUGGAUACUAGGGGGAACAUAUUCCAAGUAACAAAGACUUAAUUUAGAGUUAUUUGGACAGUAGGGGAACAUUUUCCAAGUAAAGACUUAAUUUAGAGUUAUUUGGACACUAGGGGAACAUAUUCCAAGUAACUAAGACUUAAUUUAGAGUUAUUUGGACACUAGGGGAACAUACUCAAGUAACUAAGACUUAAUUUAGAGUUAUUUGGACACAAGGGGAACAUAUUCCAAGUAACAAAGACUUAAUUUACAGUUAUUUGGACACUAGGGGAACAUAUUCCAAGUAACAAA